AUGGUGCCUCCACCACCACCAAAGCAACACCACAGCGACGAUAUCCUGUCCAAAGGGUCGCCAAAACAGCGGCUGUCCAUCAUCAGUGGACCCUCUGAGCCGGCGCUGCUGCGCUGUACGUUCAACGACAUUUUGCGGGAGCGCGUGCGACUGCAGCCAAACAAUGUUGUGGUUGCCUCGCAGCACCAGAACAACACCCGGCUCACGUACGGCAAGCUGCAUCGGCAGAGCACGCAGCUGGCUGUGGCACUCUACGAGCAGAUCGGCGUCCGACGAGGCGACCGAGUGGCCGUACUGCUCGGAAACUGCUACGAGUAUGCCGUGAUUAUGCUAGCCUGCUCACGACUGGGCGCGUACUUUACGCUGUUCAACUACGCAUACACGCGCGCGGAGCUGAUGCACGCACUACAGUCGGCAACACCGCGGGUGCUGUUCACAACAGCCCAGACGUCACGGUACGACUACCGGCCCAUCUUGAAGGAGCUGCAGAUCGACGCCGACGGGACGGGGCUCCGUCACGUUGUCAUGUUGGACGAAGAGUACGUCACCACAUCGACGACGGACGGCCCUGUGGGACAUAACCCACUCACUCUCCAGUUGUGGGCCUACGAAGACCUUAUGCGACAAGGUGCCGUGGUCUCUCUCGAUACACAAAACGAAGUGGCCGCGCUCGAAGGCCAAGUCACCGACGCCGAUAUCCUCAACCUGCAAUUCACGUCCGGCAGUACGGGCCAGCCCAAAACGGUCGCCCUCACGCAGCAUGGUAUGGUCAACAGCGCGCGCUACAUUGCCCUGCUCAUGCAGAUUCAGCCAACAGACGCCAUCAACGUGCCGGUGCCCCUGUUUCAUGCGUUUGGGCUGGUCAUUGGCUUCUGUGCCGCCCUGCUGGCCGGCGCAUCCAUUGUCCUGCCGUCCGAAUACUUUGACGCCGCCGCCACCCUGCAGGCCGUCGAGCGGUUCGGGUGCACCGGCUUGUACGGCGUGACGACCAUGUUUGUCGACAUGCUCAGUGAUGCGCGCUUUACCUCCACAAAACGGUCCUCGCUGCGGUUCGGCGUCAUGGCCGGGUCCGCGAUGCCAAAAGGGCUGCUGACGCGCGUCAUCACCAAGUUCCCCAUCCGCGACAUUUACACCAACUGGGGCAUGACCGAGCUGUCGUCCAUCGCCACGAUGACUGUGGCCGGCGACUCAGAGGCCAAGAAACUCAACUCGGCCGGCCGCCUGCUGCCCAACUUUUCCGCCCGCAUCGUCGACCCCGACACCGCCGAGACCCUGCCCUGGGGCCAGCGUGGCGAGAUUGUCGUCAGCGGGUUCGGCGUGAUGCACUCCUACUAUGGACAGCCGGCCUGGACCGCUCAGGCCAUCCGUUCACGCGGAGGUCGGGGGCGGUGGAUGCAUACCGGCGACGAGGGCUACUUGGACGCCGACGGCUACUUUGUCAUCACUGGCCGCAUCAAGGAUCUCAUUAUCCGCGGCGGCGAGAACAUUUCGCCCACCGAAAUCGAGGCUCGUCUUUUCCAGCAUCCGGCGAUCAAGCAGUGCUCCGUGUUCGGCGUGCCGAGCGCACGGUACGGCGAGGAGGUGGCGGCCAUUUUGGAGAGGGACGAGCAGUACGAUGGGCGGCCGUCUGACACGGAAGUGCGUGCGUGGGUGCGCCAGACUCUCAGUCGGUAUAAGGCGCCCAUCUACAUUUGGUGGCUGGGUGAGGCCGAUGGAGACCCAAGAGUGCCGGCGGACUGGCCCAAAACGGCGAAUGGCAAGCUGAAGAAGGGCGACAUUCGCAAGAUCGGCGAGGGCACCAACUCGGCCAUCACUAUGAAUACAAAGUCCAAUGGACGUGUCGAACACGAAUAG